AUGGGGAAUUCCAGGCUCGAUUGGCCCCUACCAAACAAUAUAAGAGGCUUGCCACCGAUACAUUAUGGACUACAUCCACCAGUAUCGUUUCGAGAACCAGGAUCAAGAUUGCUCAAUUCUAGCGACUCGACACUUGCUCGCGCAACGCCACGGGCGCCAGGUUCCCAAACCCCACGUUCCAUCGAGUCCGCAACAUCUGUUGACUCUCAAUUCCACACGUCGAAUGUUUCACUAUGGGGAGACGUGCGGCAAGAAGAAGCCAAGCUGCGAUGGGACGCGGAAGAAGAGCUGAAGAGAGUAUCCAAGGAACUCCUUCGGCUUCAAAAAUGGGCGCUGAUCACAGGGCUCGUCGUCUUGAAUUCUGCCCUCAUCACCAUAAGUCUUCUGCUACCACAAGCAGUAUACCUAUUCCUGGCCUUGCUUAGCUGCAACACCAUACUGCAAGCGGGAAUGGUGGUAUGUAUCGUGGCUAAUGUGAUAUGGAUCAAGAUUAUUUGCGGCUGUCGUAAAAAGAAGAACACGGCGCCCGCGACACCAGAAAGAAUGGUUCUUCUGCUCCCUUGUUACAAUGAGACUAAGGAAGAAAUAGCGCGGUCGCUAGAUUCCCUGGUUUCUCAGAAAGGGAUUGAUGAACACGCGCGACUCGUGUUCAUCGUCGUGGACGGAAAUGUACGUGGUCCCGGAAUGGAAAAGACCACGCAGGACUAUUUCCUCGAGGACAUACUCGAGCCAGGGACUUCCAAAUACUUCGAAAACGGGUACCGCGCAAGGGAUGGACUGUUCAUGCCGGUCAAAACCCGAGUAGGUAGAUACAAGGGCAUACCGUUUGUGUUUGUGGGAAAACGAUAUAACCAGGGCAAACGCGACAGCUUGUGCUUUGCCCGCUCCUUCUUGUACCACUUCAAGAAGCGGUCGGUAAACGCUGUGACAAUCUUCAACAAGGAACUGUUUGAGUAUCUCGGCAAUUGCCUGCUAGAAAAUGGCCUGCCCAACGUGGACUACCUGGUCGGCAUGGACGCCGACACCGUCUUUGACGACUUUUGUGUCGUUGAGAUGGUCAAUACCAUUCGCAAGAACCCCAAACUGGUCGGGGUUUGCGGCCACGUUUGCGUCGACUUUGACGGGAACAACUUUGGUCUCUGGUCCCUGUACCAAUCCGUCGAGUACUCCCAGACCCAGGGCUUAAGAAGAAUGUUCCAGUCGAGGAUCACGGGCAAGGUCAACUGCCUCCCUGGGUGCUGUCAACUCAUCAAAGUGGAUGAAGCUACGUUUGGAGACACUGUCCUACGCGAACGCUUCGGAUACUGCCCCAAACCGAAUGAUGUCAUGACGCAGCAAAUCAUGGGCAACUAUUCCGAAGACAGUAUCCAUGCGUCCAUCAUAUUCAGUCUGUUUCCCAAGAAACAAACGGCGCAGGCCCUCCGCUCCAAAGCAUUCACCAUCGUCCCGCAGACGUGGAAGGUGUUUCUAUCGCAGCGAAAGCGCUGGGCGCUAGGAAGCAUCUCAAACGAGUUUGUCAUGAUCUUUCGGCCGGGAAUCAUUCUCGUUGAACGGCUGCAGAGCAUCGUCGCAGUCAUGACGUGGGCCAUUACGCCGUUCAUCAUUUCCGCGGUGGCGCAACUGAUUGCGCUCUUUGCCAAGAAGGGCGCAAAGGUUUUCGAAGAUGAGAUAUUCGUUGGUUUAAUUUCUGUUCUCUGGGUUAGAUAUUCCAUCUAG